AUGACUUCUCGCUUGAGCAUCAUCCUGCUCGUCGGCCUGCUCGCCAUGGCCACCGCCAGGCUGCACCCCGACCACGUGGACGACAAGACUGUCGCGGAGCGGCUGGCCGCUGGGGUCGACAAGGUCAUGGAGCGUAUCCGGCUCGUCGCCGCCUGGAAGAAGAUCAUCGAGAAGACGCAGCACGUGAUGGGUGGUGCUGGCGCCGGCGCCCUGCCGACGAUUGCCCCGGAUUUUGUCGAGUUCGACAAC